AUGAAUCGUACGUUGAGCUUAUGGAAGCAGCUUGAAGGUGACUCAACAGAGUCUUCUUCUUCCUCUUCCUCUUCCUCCUCCUCCAAAUCAGUUUCUUCUGGAAAAAGAAGCAACACGUUGAAAGGCAAAGAGGAGGAAGGAGCUAAACGGGUUUUGUUCCCGGCGAAGCCAAAGCUGUCAAUGAUCAAAGAGAAUGGAUCUAAGGCGAAGUAUGAGACAGAAUCAUUCGGGAAGGAGACUGAGGGAUCGAUGGUGAUGGGAGAUGAUACUUUAGACUCUAGUAAACAGUCGAGGUUUGAUGCUGCUUCAUUUUAUGAAGCCAUAAAGCCAUCAAAGUGA